UCUCUCUACAGACGUCGACUUACAGAUGCUUAAAAUGAACCUAAGCCCCAUGAGUGUAGCCAGUCAGAGAGCUUCGACGGCAGCCAUGAGCACUUAUCCUUUUCCAUUUGCAAUCAAAGGAUUUCCUAGUGUCUUGCCGUCACAGUAUGGGGCCUACACAAUUGAAUACAUGACACCGAUCUCGAAAGAAAAAGAAGGCGAUGCUUCCAGGUACCCAUCAUACAUAUAUCCAUCGUCAGCCGGUGCCGCAGCUGCUACCUACAUGACAGCACCGAGUGUAAUCCUGCCUCAUUCGUCCUUGUCGCCAACAACAGCCGGACAAUAUGUAGAGUAUGCAUCUCCGCCAUACACAGGACAGUUUCCGAACGGAUACGAAGCCUACCCUUACUCUACGGCCACAAACGGCUACGUCACGCCCGCGGCCUAUACAUACGCUGUCCCACAGGCAAUAGCAGCCGGGGCUGGACAUUAUCCACACUUCCAGGCACAACAAAUCCAGGAAAGAUUGUAAAAUGAUACACAAACAAAAUUAAUUAAAAAAUAAAAAUCCACAAAAACAUAAAUAUAACAAUUUUUUCAAGAUGGUUCAAAAACAAUUAAAAUUACAACAUAAAACAUGAAAAAUAGGAGGAGAAUACAGAUCCGGAUUAAAGGAAAACAGGAACUGCUAAUCGUAUGUAAACUGUUAAUACCACAAAGAUAAUUAUGACAAGAAAACGAAGAAGGAAAUGAAAGAAUGUGACAGAAAA